AUGGCUCGCAAAAUCUCCAAUGGCUUCACUAGCCACCCUGCCAGCACCCUCCGCACCUGGCCCACGCACGGCCCUGGCCUAACCGCAAACCUCGAUCCCACUCUCCGCGCGAAUCUGAAGGACAACGGACUCACACAAUUUCCACUCGGUCCCCCUAACCACACCCCCGAAGUCUAUAUCAGCAGCCCCGAGUUCAAAUCCCGCGAAGCCGAAAAUGAGUACCUACGUCUCCUCAAGGACAAACUCACUCUCGCCCGGCAGUUCGUGUUGAUCGAGAUCGAGCACAACUCCAACACCAACCGAAACAUGACUCAUGACAAGACCGCGAUGUUGCUAGCCGAGGGUCCGAUCGUAUUCACUCUCUACGCCCAAGAAUGCAUCCGCGACCUCGUCAUCCUGCGCUCAAAACUCGUCGAAUGCUGGGACGCAGGUCAAACUCAAUAUCAGCGCAUUCACGAGUUGGAGCAGAACGAGGCUGGGGACAACGCAGCUGAUCUGGGCAAGAAGCUUAAAGAAGUGACCAAGGCGCAGGGCAUUACAGAGGGAAGGGCUCAGCUAGUGGGAAACGAUCAUAUUUGGGCGUGGAAUGAGUUGGGAUCUAUCCUGGGGUACUUGUUGCCUGUCGGUCCGGAGGAUCACAAGAAGCGCUAUGCGGAGUGGCUUAUGGAGCGAGUGUUUGGGAAUAAUCUGGUGGAGGAGGAUUUGGGUGAGGAGGAGGGAGAGGAGAUGGUGGAUGGGUAG